CCGCCCCGCGAUUGGCCGAGGUGCCGCCCCACUCCCUCACGGCUCUCAGUCGGGCUCGGGCCUCCGUCGGGCGUAGUACGUGCGUGUCGUGUUCUCGUGCGUAGCAUAAGCAAGACUUCUCAGUGAGAGAAUAAAGGUACAUCAUAGCAUGUCUUGACGAGAAGGAGAAGUUCUUCAACGGGGUUUUUGGGGUUUCAGUCAAGGGUUCUCCAAAAUGGCGGGUGGUCAGCAACUUCCCGAACAAUACACAGUACCACAAUUAGCAAGGGUCUUCCACAGUCUACCACAUCUGAACGUGUCUCUUCAUUCGGUCAACAACACGUUCAAUCCACAUUCCGAGAUUUAUCUUGAGAGCUUGGGUAUCCUUGGUAGUAUUCCUGCAGCCUGGUUGAUCCUGACAUUAUUGGUACUGUUGGUUUAUCUGGUAACGAGAUGUUGCGACCGGAAACCUCGGCCCAGGAGGUCGAUAGCCCUGCUGAAGUUUUCGCUGGCCAUCCUUGCUUUGCUUUGCUGUGGAACGGUUGCCGUUGGCCUUUACGGCAAUGACGACGUUCACAAUGGUUUGGUACAAUUAGUCGCGGCAGCGAAGAACGUCGAUGGGAUCCUGAUGGGCGUGAGAAACCAGACGGACACCAUAGAGACAACAUUACAAGAGAAAGUACAACGACAAUUGACUGCUUUGGGGGACGAAUUUGAUGCACCUGUUAGCAACAAAACGAUGUUGGGUCUACUAUUGGUAGCACUGAAUAGUAUGAAACAAAACACGAGCAUUGCCUUCAACCGGAGCCUCGAAAUCCGCAAGCCAUUGAGUGGGAUCAGUCUUGCAGGGGCCAUUAGUAUGGGGGAAAAAAUCGAGCAACUGAGGUGGCCCAUUACUAUGGCUGUACUGAGUGCACUUCUUGUUCUCUGCGUUGUACUUGUAGUCGGAGUUGCUAGACACUCGAGAUGUGUUCUAAUUACAUUUUCUGUAUUUGGGCUAUUCGCGGUAAUAGUUUCUUGGUUGAUGGCUUCCCUUUAUUUAGCAACAUCAGUCGCCCUCGGUGAUCUUUGCGUGUCACCGGACGGUUAUCUAACUAGAUCGGUACCCUCCACUUUGGCCUCCGAGGUGCUCUCGUAUUACACGCAUUGCGAGAACUCUCGCACGAAUCCCUUUACACAGAGGCUAAGAGACGGACAACGAGCUGCGGGAAAUAUGAGGCAAAACUUGAAUACUGUUUCACGCUUAGCGACAGAACUUUUCAAAGAGCAGCAUGAUCAACUGAAGCCCAAGUUGAGUAGCCUCUUGACCGACGUUAACGCGGUCGAUAGACUCAUGUCUGGUCUAGCGACGUUACUAGACUGUAAACCACUUCACAAGCAAUACGUUCAUGCUGCUAAAAGUUUAUGUCACCUAGGAUUAUACGGCCUCACCUUCAUGCUUCUUGCAAGUCUAGCCGCUGGAUUAUUUUUCACUGUAUUGGUAUGGGUUGAUUCUCACACGUGGAUAUAUAUACGUAAACGAAGAGAUUACCACCAAGUGGAUGAACAAGAUCCAUAUUUGCCACCAUCGGCAGCAUCUCAAGCGAUAGCAGCUAGGACCCUUCGUGGCCAAGGGUCGUACCCGCCUACAGCCCCUUCUCUUAAUCCGAAUGCUCAUGGCACCCAUAAUACCAUUAAGCAGCCUCUCUUGCUAACGCCGCCCCCGCCGUCCUACGCUACUGCGACUGCUCGAGCACGUCAGCUGCACGAGAGCAUGUUAAAAGGUGGGGGUGUUAACGGGAGUGGAGGAACCGGAGAUCACAAAUCGUCUCAGCAUAAUCAGCAGUCGACAGGUGGACGAACUGAGCACCGUUCUGGACUCGGAGAUCAACCUGGCCAGUACGCGACUUUGAGCAAGCAAUGCAAAACUCUUGAAUCUAGUAGAGAACCACCUUGGACGCCAAGCGUGGCAUCUUUUACCGGCACCCUGUCUCACAAUUCUCAUGGACCCGCACAUUUGGCGACCUUUCAAGAUUCGAGAAAAACUCAAACGUUGGAUCCGAAAAAUUUAGCCAAUUUAAAACGCGGCCCAACACCGGCGUGGAACCAAAAUCGUCCAUUACCGCCGAAUCCGGCGAAUCAACCUAGUUGGGAGUUCGAGUCGCGAUCGCAAACUAAUAUGAAUCAAUUCCGAUCGUUGGUGAGGAACAAGGCGCCUAACAUUCGUAUACAAGAUCAAAUGCAAGAUCAAGUGAGAACGUUGGAUAGAAAUUUCACGCGUAGCCAGUUUAAUGGUACAGCACAAAAUAAUGCCGUACCUAACAUGUACGGUACAUAUAACAGGGCACAUGGAAGACAAGAAAAGCCAACGGUAGCUACGUUGAGUCAAGUACAGGGUAGUGAUCCUAAUCUAUACGCUGUAACCGAACUUUAAGCGACUUAUUCGAUAACAUCAAAAGAAUAACAAGCAAGCAAACAAAUAAAUAAAAACAACAGAAAAUUUGUCAUUGAUUGAAAGAAACAACAAAUAUAUACGGGCUAAGAAUGCUAGGAAUUUCUUCAAAAAACAAUUCGAAUAAAAACCCUCGUUUUGUGGAGUUCCUACGUAGAUGCGUUUGAACGGAUAAUCUUUCGUUGAUUCUUGAAAAAGAAAAGUAAUGAAAAAAUGUAAGAAGAAGGGAAAAAGGACGGGGAGGGGGAGGUUUAAACAUAUCUCCGAUAUUAGGAAUUUCAUCGGAGACGUGCUAUUAUACAUAUAUAUAUAUAUAUAUAUUUAUAUAUAUAUCUAAAGUUUUGUAUUUGUAUAUCAUGUACAGAAAAAAUUGGUCGAUCCUUCUACGUUAGUCCCUUUCAUACGUUCACAGUUAUUGUUGCCUCUCUUUCAUCCGAAAUAUGUUAUCAGUGGAAAUCUUCGGUAAAAUCACUAAUUCACGAAGAAAAUAUAAGAUAAUUCGAGUAUACAUAAUUGAUCAUCGCUAUUUUUAACUUGUGAUUUAUAGAAAAGGAAAAUAAACAAUUUAUAUUCUAAUCACAUAUAAAAAGAGAACGUGAAUUUUACUACGUUUUAUAAACAUUUCUAUCGAUAACAUCGAUUGAUAUAUAUAUAAUCAACAUAUAUGUAUAUACAUCGUAAUGUUAAACGUCGAUAUCUAACGUGAAGGAAUACCAAAAGUUUUUUAUAUCUUUUUUAUAUUUUUAAUGUAUUAUGCGGCAUAUAAUAUGAAAUCCGUGUUGAUUUGUUGUGAAUCAUUCUGAAAAAUUCUUAUAACGAGUAUAUAAUACGUAUAUAUAGUAUAUACGUAUAGUAAAUAUCAAGUUACUAUACGAUAAUGAAAAACAAAAAAAAAACUGAUGAGUGAUACAUAUUUACGUAUAUUUAUUAUCGUUAAUAUUUAAAAAUCUGUAUUUAACAAUACACACAGAAUGAUGAAUCUGAAGAUUUUUACGAGAAACGCACUCCCAAAUGAAAAUUUUUAUUAAAUAAAUAAUUCGCGAUAUACUGCCAAUACUCAGGCGAAUAAAUAUAUAUAUAUAUAUAUAAAUAUAUAUAUACUUUUUAAGUACAAAUGUAACGGAAGCACACACAACAUACACAAACGUGUCCUAUCAACGGCCGCGUUCUUUUUUCAGUUUUGAUACGACUAGUGCAAAGUUAAAAAUAAAAUAAUAAUAUAAAUUAUAAUUAAUAAUAAUAUAAUAUUAAUAAUAACAUAAUAUAAUAAUAAUAAUAAUAAUCUGAUGUAUCAGCAAAUCUAAACAUGACAAAAAAUGGAUUUCAAAUAUUAUAUAGCCUUCUGAGAUUUAUUUACCCUAAAGGUAAAUAAAUAUACAUGGCCUUUUGUGUGGAAGUAUCGGAAGGGCAGAUCUUUCUUACGUGUUUUUAUUUUUAAUUCGUAAAGUAGUAAUAGUAAUAAUAAUUAAUAAUGAUUAUUAAUAAUAAUAAUUCUAAUAAUAUUAAAGGAAAGAGAAAUAAAUCAAGAAAAAACACCACAUACACACUCACGCGGAACAGAAACACAAAUAUACAGACAGAAAAAUAUACUUAAGCUAUUGAAUUUUCUGCGGAGCGCAGAGUCUUCCUAUAAGAUGUUUAACAAAUUUAGAAAAGACCUAAAUAAAUAAAUAAAAGAUUAAACGAUUUAAAUAAUAAGUUAUCAACGAAUCUGUGUAGAUGACUUUAUAUUCCGCAAAUAAUUCAGUAAACUUGUAAAUAGUAUAUUAUAUCAUCGAGUAAAUGUGUAAAGUGUGAUAAUUUUGAACCUAGAUGUACGAGUUUUAAAACAAAAACAUAAUAAUAUAUUCUAUACCUUCUUAUUUCACAGAUUCUUCAAAUUAACAAAAAACAAAAAGAAAAGAAAGAGAGAAUGCCAUUCCAAAAAUAAAAAAAAAGAAAGAAAUAGACAGAGAGAGCGAGAGAGAGAGAGAAGGAAACGUUCUAUUAUAAUUGUAAUUUUCAGAGUGACUUUAGAAUUUAAUCUUCGAUAUAAUUCGCAAAAACAUUACCAUUGCAAUAUUAAAUAUACAGAGUAGGUAUAAGAAAAAAAAAACAGGUGAAUACAAAUAGCGAAAAUUUCAUCGGAUGUAAAUAAUUGUAAUAUUUAUUGAAGAGAGAAGAGAGCAUCGUAGCGCAUAGGAUAGCAACAUUUAGUUGAACAUUAAUUAUAAGUAAACGGCGAUUAAUAACAUUUGAGAAGCACGUGCAUUCACACAUACAACACGUACGCAAAUCCAAAAAAACAAACUAUGCGUGCUGUUUAUUUUGCCGAUCAAAGGCAAAGUAUCCUAGUCACUAAAUAAAACUUGUUUCUGUUCAUCUAAACGAUGAAAAGAAAAAGGAGAUGAAAGAUUUAAGAAUAAAAAAAGGAAAUAAAAAUGAAAAUGAAAAGAAAUGAUCUCUUGCCAAAUUUUCGAAAGAGCUCAAUUUUCCAAACAUAAAAUGAGUGAGGAGGGCGGGGGUGGAAAGAAAAAGAAUACAAAAAAAAACAUACUAAACUCUUUUAUCAGAUAAUUGUAAUAUUACUAUUAUUACUAUACCUAAUAUCGUUGAAGUUACAUUAGAUACGAGUGUCAGACACACGCCCAUACCUUUCUUAGAUCUUAAGGGAGAGUAUUAUUCGUGAAUAAAUAAAAUGUAAAGUGUAACACGACUUCGUUCUAAUUCAGUGUUCUGCGAUAUUGCUUCAGUUUAUAAUAUUCAAUAUUCAUUUUUGCUAACGCUCGCAAAAAGUAGUUUUUUUUUCCUCGAGUUAUUUUUUAAGUUUAAUGCAAUUAAUAUCAAUUUACAUUUUAUUGAAUAUAUAUGUGUAUAAAGUUUUAUUAGAGCUAAGUUUAAUUACUUGAAUUUAUCUUCAAUUAACGACGACUUAAUCGUGCUAAUCAUUCAUUUCCAAAUGUGUUCAGUUUUAAAUAAAGUUAAUAGCUUUAAUAUAAAUUUUUACAAGUACUAAAUUUAUUUAAAUAUUUAAUCCUUAAAAUAUAUACAUACAUAAGACAACUUUGAAUACAAAAAAAAAAUAGAAAUAAAAGAAUGAGAUCUAUUAAAUGAUUAUCGUCAUAAAUAAAUGAUCAGAAACUCGGACGAUAUCGAAGAACACUGAGUACAGUAAUUUUAAGUAUAGCGAAGAACUUGGAGAAUGAAAAUCGUCUCUGUCGUUGAAGACUGCUGCAACACGCGCAAACGGGAACAAAUAAUACACAGAAUUGUCCAAGUUAACAAAAAAGAAAAAAAAAUUGUAAUACAUUACUUUAAAAAGUUGAAUAUCUAACACAGUCCAAAAGCGUGAAUAACAAUAACACGUUAAAGAAUAUUUUUUUGAAUCUUUCACAAGGAAUGGAAAAAAGUAAAAACUGAAAAAUACAAGAAAAAGCAAACUCGACAAAAGGGAAAAUCAUUGAUUGGUCUGAUAAAAAAUAUUGUGCACACAAGUUUGUUGUCUGUACGGAUUAAACAAUAGCAUCGACUAUUUAUGUAGUUGAUGAGCGGAACUGAUAGAGAAAAAAAUAUUAAAUUCUAAAUAUGCGAGAGUCGUACGUACGUAGUCUAGACGAUUGUUGAUGAAACUUUUAUUCUAAUCGUUUGUCAAUUUGUACCGUUAAAAAAAACAAAUUUCGAGAGAAAGAGAGAGAGAGAGAGAGAGAGAAAGAGAGAAAGAAAAAACGAGAAAAAAAAUUAAGAACCAUUUUUUCUAAUAAGUAUAACUGCAUUUAAUUCCCGCAUCGUUUUUAUAUAAGUAUGUAUAAAACAUUGACUGGGUAGAAUACAAGUGAAAGAAUAGAAAAAUUAGAAAAAGCUGAAAUUGUGUAUGAAGGGAUAUGAAGGGCGAGAAAGAGAGAGAGAGAGAGAAAGAGAGAAAGGGAAUUAAUUAUUUUCGAAAGAAUUGAUAGUGGAAGUAGUAUAAUUAUAGAACACAAAGAAAUAUUCAUUUUAAAUUGGUGCAUUGUUUGAGCCUAAAAACACCUACCAGAAUAAUUAUUAAAAAU